AUGGUCUUUCCUAUAUUUUCCUUAUUAGCCCUCAGCCUGGUGGUGCCGCUCAUCGUCGCGUAUCCUAAUUGCUCAGUCGAGGGUGCAUAUCCCACGGCUAUCAUAGCCAGCGGUACCAUAGUUGGCACAACUACGCAACCAUCAUCACCUACAGCGACUGUAAAUAAAUACCUCGGUAUCCCGUUCGCACAGUCUCCGCCCAUCCGAUUUUCGCCCCCUGAAAACCCCCUACCUUGGAAUUCACCGUUGAACGCGACAGAAUUCAAGCCCGCUUGUAUUCAGCAAUUUAUGAAUGAUGAGUUUGGGAAGAUAUUCAACAAUCCGCCUUUACCAGAGAGCGAAGAUUGCCUCUACCUCAAUGUGUUUGCCCCGGGGGGCUCGGUUCCAGGCGCCGAUAAGCCAGUCAUGUUUUGGAUACACGGUGGGAGCUUUCAGCUUGGCUCUGCCAGCGUCCCAGAAUACGACGGCUCUGUGAUAGCAGCACAGCAUGAUGUUAUUGUUGUAACCACAAAUUAUAGAACGAACGUAUUUGGCUUCCCUGCCUCGCCACAGAUUGCCCUAGAACAAAGGAAUCUCGGGUUUAUGGAUCAAAGACAAGCACUCACCUGGGUAACCAAAAACAUUCGAGCUUUUGGGGGCGAUCCAUCAAAAGUGACGGUAUUUGGUGAAUCGUCAGGGGGCUAUUCUGUGAAACAGCUCCUCGCCAACCCUCCUAGUCCAUUACAGUUCCGUGCUGCCAUCAUGCAAAGUCAGGCCUUGGGGGAUCAAGGUGACGGGGACAAAUCCUGGGCAGCUUUGGCGGAUGAUCUAGGGUGUAACUCGACAACGUCUGGAAUCUCGCAACUCGAGUGUAUGCGGUCCUCUCCUGCUGAUCAAAUCAGAGCUAUUCUCAACAGCGGUACCCUCGGCUUCCCACCAGCUGUUGAUAACAAGACCAACAAUGGCAAUUUUGAGGCAGCCAUCAACGCGCACACCGUCGCCAACGUGCCAAUUCUUCUUGGAACCAACGCAGACGAAGGAACCGUGUUGACUUCUGUUAUGCCGGACUCCCAGAUUCUUUUGCAGAACUUUUUGGGUAACGACACUCACUCCCAAGCCCUGGCUCGUGCAGCUUACCCCCAUGACGCCACCGAGAAAGAGCUAAAAUCCCGCAUUGUUACCGACUAUCUCUAUACCUGUACGACGUCUGCAAUCGCCAAUGUGCUCAACGAUGCCAAUUAUAAAGUGUGGCGGUAUUACUUCAAUGCAAGCUUCCCUAACACUCAGCCCUUCCCAGGAGCGGGCGCUUGGCAUACAUCUGAGAUCUCUCUCGUUUUUGGUACCUACCCGAGGAAUUACAUGACCACACCUCAGCAGAUUGAAUUAAGCAAAUUUAUGCAGCAUUCUUGGGCUUCUUUUGCCAAGGAUCCGGAAAGAGGUCCCGGCUGGACAAUGAUUGAGGGUGGGAAGGAGGACUUGCAGGUAAUCGGAGCGAAUGGGACAUCAUGGGGGCAACCGGCCAGCAUAGAAUCCGUUGAAGAUAUCUGUAGUGUUUAUUCUCCAGCGAUCAGAAUAGGGGGCUUGUAG